AUGAAUUCUGAUGUUUAUAUCAAUACUCUUGUUAAUAAUUUUAUUUCAUGGGUUCAAGAUUGUCCUAAUGCUACAUUACAACAAGAUGGGACUUCUUAUUUAAUAAGAGUUGCAAAAGAGGAAUGGCAAAAUAUUAAUAUUGAGAUUUUUCAUAAUUUAAUUUCAAAUUUAUCUAAUUGUAUAAAGGCCAUUAUUAAGGCCAAGGGUGAACAUACUAAAUAUUGA